CGUCCAUCCAGAGGAAGGCAAGUUUUUGGCUCAGGCGGCUGAGAAGCCCGAGCGGGGCUGGAGACAGGUAGCAGUACGGGGGCGGAGCUUCAUGCCGGAAGUGAUAGUCCGCAGUCCUUUCGGUUGGCAGCCUGGCGGGCGGGAGAUGCGGCGGCCACCUGCUGCGAGGAACCGAAGGGAAGGUUAGAGGUACCAAGGCAGUUUGGAGCUGGGGCUAAGCAGCUGUCGCACAGUCAGAUCAUGGGCUCGACCAAGCACUGGGGCGAAUGGCUCCUGAACUUGAAGGUGGCUCCAGCCGGCGUCUUUGGUGUGGCCUUUCUAGCCAGAAUCGCCCUGGUUUUCUAUGGCGUCUUCCAGGACCGGACCCUGCACGUGAGGUAUACGGACAUCGACUACCAGGUCUUCACCGACGCCGCGCGCUUUGUCACGGAGGGGCGCUCGCCUUACCUGAGAGCCACGUACCGUUACACCCCGCUGCUGGGUUGGCUUCUCACUCCCAACAUCUACCUCAGCGAGCUCUUUGGAAAGUUUCUCUUCAUCAGUUGCGACCUCCUCACCGCUUUCCUCUUAUACCGCCUGCUGCUGCUGAAGGGGCUGGGGCGCCGCCAGGCUUGUGGCUACUGUGUCUUUUGGCUUCUUAACCCCCUGCCUAUGGCAGUAUCCAGCCGCGGUAAUGCGGACUCGAUUGUCGCCUCCCUGGUCCUGAUGGUCCUCUACUUGAUAAAGAAAAGACUCGUCACGUGUGCAGCUGUAUUCUAUGGUUUCGCGGUGCAUAUGAAGAUAUAUCCGGUGACUUAUAUCCUUCCCAUAACCCUCCACCUGCUUCCAGAUCGCGACAAUGACAAAAGCCUCCGUCAAUUCCGGUAUACUUUCCAGGCUCGUUUGUACGAGCUCCUGAAGAGGCUGUGUAAUCGGGCUGUGCUGCUGUUUGUAGCAGUUGCUGGACUCACGUUUUUUGCCCUGAGCUUUGGUUUUUACUAUGAGUACGGCUGGGAAUUUUUGGAACACACCUACUUUUAUCACCUUACUAGGCGGGAUAUCCGUCACAACUUUUCUCCGUACUUCUACAUGCUGUAUUUGACUGCAGAGAGCAAGUGGAGUUUUUCCCUGGGAAUUGCUGCAUUCCUGCCACAGCUCAUCUUGCUUUCGGCUGUGUCUUUCGCCUAUUACAGAGACCUCGUUUUUUGUUGUUUUCUUCAUACGUCCAUUUUUGUGACUUUUAACAAAGUCUGCACCUCCCAGUACUUUCUUUGGUACCUCUGCUUACUGCCUCUUGUGAUGCCACUAGUAAGAAUGUCUUGGAAAAGAGCUAUAGUUCUCCUAAUGUUAUGGUUUAUAGCGCAGGCCAUAUGGCUGGCUCCUGCCUAUGUUCUUGAGUUUCAAGGAAAGAACACCUUUCUGUUUAUUUGGUUAGCUGGUUUGUUCUUUCUUCUUAUCAACUGUUCCAUCCUAAUUCAAAUUAUUUCCCAUUACAAAGAAGAACCCCUGACAGAGAGAAUCAAAUAUGACUAGUGUAUGUUCCACACCCUCUGCUACUGUGUUACAUUCUGAUUGUCUUGUAUGGACCAGAAGAGAGGUUUGGGACAUUUUUUCUGAACAUUCUAAUCAUUCUGGUGAAAGUUCCCAUGUUCCAACAGAAGUUAAAAGCAAUGUUUGCCUUAUAUAUAAAAGGGACACAAUAAUUAAGGUCCACCUUCUAGGAAAUCCCAGGACUUGUUUAUUUGGGACAUGGUGGGAAUAAAGGUCACAUAUUGGAAAAUGGAAAGGCUGAUGAAACUAUCAGAUACUAAAAGAUUCUUAAAAUAGAGGAAUAUAGUUAGAGACAUCAGGUUUAAGCCAGUAUUUGUUCCUGUUUUACAAUGCUUCUGUCUUAAGCUGUGUCUUAACUUUUAACCCCCAUCUUUUCUUUCUAAAGCUUUCCUGACAGCUGUGAAAAUCCAAAAAGUAUUCUUAGACUGGGUAUGGUGGCCCUUGCCUGUAAUCCCAGCACUUUGGAAGGCUGAGGUGGGAGGGUCGCUUGAGUCCAGGAGUUCUAGACCCACCUGGGGCAAGAUGGUGAGACCUAGUCUC